AUGAGCCUCCCCUGGGCAGAGCGCGCCCGGGAGCCGCCCGCGCCGCCGGAGCCGCCGCCGCCGGGCCCGGAGCAGAGCGGGUGCGGCGGCUUCGCGCCGGGCUCGUGGCUCGGCGUGUGCUGCGGCGCCCGCCUGCCCGCCGCCGCCUCGCCGCGCUACCUGCUGCCCGGCGAGGACGAGGAGGCGGCGGCGGCCGAGGGCGGCGCGGCGCGGGGCGGCGGGAGCAGCCCCGGCGGGGCGCGGGGCGGCGGGCGGCCGCGGGGCGGCGGCGGCGGCCCCGGGCUGCGGGCGCAGGUGAGCGGCGUGCAGAAGCAGCGGCGGCUGGCGGCCAACGCGCGGGAGCGGCGGCGGAUGCACGGGCUGAACCACGCCUUCGACCAGCUGCGCAAUGUCAUCCCCUCCUUCAACAACGACAAGAAGCUCUCCAAGUACGAGACGCUGCAAAUGGCGCAGAUCUACAUCAGCGCCCUGGCCGAGCUGCUGCACGGCCCCGCCGCCCCUCCCGACGCCCCCGGCAAGGCCGAGCACCGCGGGGCCCCCUUCGAGCCGCCCUGCGCCGCCGCCGGGGCCGGAGCUCCGCCGGGGCCGCCGGCGCCGCCGCCGGGGCCGGCCAGAGCGUCGCCCCCCGGGCACGGCAGGACUCGCUUCCCCCCGCCGCCGGCCGCGGGGGGCUACUCGGUGCAGCUCGACCCGCUGCACUUCUCCUCCUUUGCGGAGGGCGCCCUGAUGGGACAGAGAGCCCCUUCCCCCGCCCUCCUCAUGCAGCAGCCCGGGCAGCCGCCGCAGGAGAGGAGCAAGACGUCGCCCCGGUCCCACAGGAGCGACGGGGAGUUCUCGCCCCGCUCCCACUACAGCGAUUCCGAUGAGGCCAGCUAA